AUGGGUCGCGUGAUCCGCAAUCAGAGGAAGGGUCGUGGAUCUAUCUUCACGGCUCGCACCCGUCUCAACAAGGCCCCAGCCCAGUUCCGAACCCUCGACUACGCUGAACGCCAUGGCUACAUUCGCGGUGUCGUGAAGAAGAUCGUCCACGACAGCGGCCGAGGCGCUCCCCUGGCCCAGGUCUCUUUCCGCCAUCCAUACAAGUACAAGGAGGUCACCGAGACCUUCAUUGCCAAUGAGGGCAUGUACACCGGCCAGUUCGUCUACUCAGGCAAGCACGCUUCUCUCAACAUCGGAAACGUCCUUCCACUCGGCUCCGUGCCCGAAGGUACCGUUGUGACGAACGUGGAGGAGAAGGUCGGCGAUAGAGGUGCGCUCGGCAGGACGUCUGGAAACUACGUUACUGUCAUCGGACACAACCCCGAGGAGGGCAAGACACGCAUCAAGAUGCCCAGUGGCGCCAAGAAGGUCGUCAGCAGCAGAGUCAGAGGAAUGGUUGGAAUUGUUGCCGGUGGUGGCCGUACAGACAAGCCUCUUCUGAAGGCUUCUCGUGCUAAGCACAAGUUCGCUGCCAAGCGCAACUCGUGGCCCAAGACUCGUGGUGUUGCCAUGAACCCCGUCGACCAUCCCCACGGUGGUGGUAACCACCAGCAUAUUGGCAAGGCUUCGACCAUCUCCCGAUAUGCCGUACAGGGACAGAAAGCCGGUCUUAUCGCUGCCCGCCGGACCGGUCUGCUGCGCGGAACCCAGAAGACCAAGGACUAG